AUGUCUUCCCGUUACAAGCUCACUUAUUUCUAUUUUCGGGCAAAAGGUGAAAACAUCCGUCAAAUCUUGACUCUAGCUGGCGUCGAGUUCGAGGAUGUGAGAGUGCAUUGGGACAAGUGGCAACAAAUCAAGAAUGAGCAACCAUUCGGCCAAUUACCCCUAAAAAGGUUGGCCGGGGAAAACGAAUGGGAAGCGGCUCAAAUUGACGCGCUCUCCGAUCAAUUUGAGGAUUUUUUCCAAGAGAUUCGACCAUUUUACAAAACCUACAAUAAGCUGAUUGAGGGGAAUUUGAAUGAUGUCUAUGAUAAAAUCGUGGAACCAGCCCGGGACAAGCAUUUACCCAUUUUCUCCAAGUAUUUGGCCGAAAGCUCGAGUGGAUUUCUGGUUGGCUCAAAAUUGUCAUGGAUUGACACUCAACUUGCCGAUCACAUGUACACGUUUACCGAGUUUCGACCCGACUACGCUCGAAGAUAUCCACAGAUUGAAGCCCCGUUUUUCAAGUUUUUUUUGUUGUCAAAUAUGGUUCACUACAAGCUUGUUUACUUUCCCGCGAAAGGACUCGCCGAAACACCCCGUCAACUCUUCGCAUUGGCUGGUGUCGAUUACGAAGAUGUACGGAUUCCGAAAGAAGAAUGGCCACAGCAUAAACCAAAUGCCCCAUUUGGCACAGCUCCAUGGCUGGAAGUUGAUGGGAAGAAAUUGGCCCAAUCAAGAGCAAUUAAUCGUUACUUGGGCAAGAAAUUCGGUUAUGCCGGUAAAGAUGACUUUGAGUCGGCUCAAAUCGAUGCUUGGGGUGAUCAAUUUAGCGACUACAUCGUUGACAUCAGAACGUAUCUCCCGGUGGCUGCUGGGAUGGCUGAAGGAGAUAAAGAGAAAUUGUACAAAGAAGUCGUUGAACCGGCUAGGGAGAAAUUCUUCCCGUUGGUGGUGAAACGACUUAGCGAGAACGAAGCUGGGUUUUUGGUUGGCGAUAAACUCUCGUGGGCGGAUCUCUUUUUCGCGAAUCAUCUCGAGUAUUUUGUCACCGGUGGCUUCAAUUCUUCAGAUUAUUUAGAUAAAUAUCCAGAGCUGCUUGCUUAUCAAAAACGAAUUCACAACAUCCCGGAGAUCAAGAAAUGGAUCGAGAAACGCCCACAAACUGCACUU